AUGUCAUCGGAGCCCUCGAACCCCUAUUUCUUCCACCCUCUUAUUUCGAACCCUCUCGUUUCGUCUCACCCUGUCCCUUCCUUCCACGCCCACAUCUCUUCGCCCCUCUCCCCUUUCACCCAUCCCCCCAAUAUACCCCCUCCUCUCUCCCUCACUCCCAUGGUACAGGUCGAGAUGGCUGAUUCUGCUGAUGCCAAGAGGGCCUUCAAAGGCCACGUUUCCUUCCCUUCACCCACCCCCCAAUACCUCCUCUCCCCCCCAACCCCCCUUUCCCCCCACUUCGUUCCCGUGGUCAGGCAUGUGCCACUGUACCUCGAAUGGGCACCAGAAGGAAUCUUCCUAGAACCCGCAGCACCAUCAGACACACCAGCGCAGGCAACCACAACAGCAGCUGCAGCAGCAUCUAGGGAGGCGGGCGGGGGGGCAGGAGAGGGGGGAGCAAGGGAAGGGAAGGAGAGAGGCGGAGUGAAGAGUAUCAAGAGGCAGGGAGCGGUGGGGUUGCUGCCUGUGGUGGUGGAUGGGAAGGCGGCCAGGCGCAUGGCUGCUGAGGCGGAGAUGGUGGGGGGAGUGGCUGGGGGGAGAGAUGGGGAGAGAGAGGGGACCGAGGGGCAUGCAGCGGAAGGGGAGGAGGACGGGCAGCUUUCCUGUCUCCCAUUCCAUCCUCCCCCUCCUUUGCCUUCUCCCCUCUUGCGGCAUCCCAGCCCUCAAGCCACACCCACGAGCCAUAGUGUGUUUGUCAAGAAUCUGAGAUUUGCCACAAUGGAGGAGCAGCUGAAGGAGCACCCGGAGAAGCUCUCCCCUUUUUCCCCCUCUCCCUGCAUGCCAGCCCACAAGCCACAGUGUGUUGUGAAGAAUCUGAGCUUCGCCACAACAGAGACGCAGCUGAAGGAGCACCUGGAGAAGCUUCUCAGAAGCAAGCACGCAGGGGGCAAGGAGGGUCCAUCCAUACGCAGCGUCAUGGGCACGGUAUUGGAUGGGCAUGCGUUGCUGCUGCAGCUGAGCAAAGGGGAGAUAAAGGGGGGCGAGGGUAAAGGGGAGGCAGCAUGGGAAGGAGAGCUCAACCAAAGUGAUCGUGCAGAAUGUGGUGAGUUGAGUUGA